GCGCGCGCGCUCUCAUUGGUAAACGCAGUUUCUCCCUCGCGCACUUUUUCUCAGCAGCAGUGGAGCGCGCGAUAUAGUUCUGCCUCGAGCCGCGAGACCCGUGACAUCACCGGAGAGCAUGCUCGUGCCGCUGUUCAAGUCGAUCUGGGGAGCGAGGAAUGGGCUCGUGCUGUUCUGCACCCCGGUGCUGCUCCUGCCCCUGCCCCUGCUGAUCGGGACCAAGGAAGCCAGUUGUGCCUACGUUAUCGCGCUGAUGGCUGUGUACUGGUGUACAGAGGUGCUGCCUUUGGCCGUUACUGCUCUCUUACCUGCUGUCCUUUUCCCUCUGUUUGGCAUCAUGGUGUCAAAAGAUGUUUGCAUGCAGUACCUAAAGGAUACAAACAUGCUGUUCUUGGGCGGCCUGAUGGUCGCCGUCGCUAUAGAGGAUUGGAGUUUGCACAAGCGCAUUGCACUGCGAGUUCUGCUCAUCGUUGGGGUGCGGCCUGCCCUGCUCAUGUUAGGUUUUAUGGGCGUCACAGCAUUCCUGUCCAUGUGGAUCAGUAACACUGCUACCACAGCCAUGAUGGUGCCCAUAGUGCAGGCAGUACUGGAGCAACUCAACAACACAGCGGGCGAAGAGGAAGCUGGAGCUCCUCAAGAACAUGAGGAGAAACUGCCCGAGAUAAAAGUUGAUGGCCAGGUGCUGGUGAACGGCCUGAGCUUUUCCACGGAGAAUCCAGCAGAACCAUGUAGGGAACCCAAUGAGAUGCUGAGAAUGUGUAAAGGCAUGAUGCUGUGUGUAUGUUACGCUGCUAGCAUUGGCGGAACCGCCACACUGACCGGCACCGGACCCAAUCUGGUCCUCUCAGGCCAAAUGAACCAGCUCUUCCCAAACAACCCAGAUGUUGUGAACUUUGCCUCCUGGUUUGGGUUUGCCUUCCCUAACAUGAUUAUUAUGCUCUUGGCAGCCUGGCUCUGGUUGCAGCUUGUGUUCCUGGGCUUCAAUCUUAAAAAAGCAUGGGGCUGUGGCGCAGUGAAGACGGAGAAAGAGGUUGCUGCGUAUAAUGUGAUCCGCGAGGAGCAUCGGAGCCUCGGACCCAUGUCUUUCGGGGAAAUAAGCGUUUUAACACUCUUCUGCCUCUUGGUGGUUCUGUGGUUCACACGUGACCCGGGCUUUGUGGACGGCUGGGCAACACACCUUUUCAACAAUGAAAAAGAGUAUGUGACAGACGCCACAGUUGCACUGUUUAUAGCUGCCCUUCAUUUUGUGCUUCCUGCUAAGCCACCCUGUCUGUUCUACUGGAGGACACAGAGCCUCGACACAGUGCCGCAGGCCAACAGUGAACCCCGAAAAACGCUGCUGUCCUGGCAGGUGGUUCAGAAGAAGAUGCCAUGGAGCAUAAUACUGCUCCUCGGAGGAGGUUUUGCCCUGGCUAAGGGUAGUGAGGAAUCAAAUUUAUCUCGAUGGCUUGGGGAACAGUUGAGUCCCCUCCAGUCCAUUCCUCCAUGGGCUAUUGGUAUUAUCGUGUGUCUGAUGAUAGCCACCUUCACAGAAUGCACCAGCAAUGUGGCCACGGCCACCCUGUUUCUGCCCAUCCUCGCCUCUAUGUCCCAGUCGAUAGGCAUAAACCCGCUGUACGUCAUGAUUCCCUGCACCCUCAGUGCCUCCUUCGCCUUCAUGCUUCCAGUAGCAACUCCUCCGAACGCCAUCGUUUUCUCUUUCGGUUAUCUGAAAGUGUCAGACAUGGCCAAAACCGGGAUUGUCAUGAACAUCAUUGGGAUCCUGUCCAUCACUCUGGCAAUCAACAGCUGGGGAAAACCGCUGUUCAAAUUAGACUCGUUUCCCAGUUGGGCAAACAGCACAGGGGUGUGAAGUAAUGAACCCCUUCAUGCAAGUCAAAAAAAAUCACAUGUAUCAUCCUCAGCCUCGAGGAUGACGUCAGAUACCACACCAGCGACGGGUCCUUCAGCCUCAAGCCUCAAGCACUUACUGUAUACUGUGACAAUGUGACACGCAGUUUGUCAAAACUGUAUGAAUACUGUGUACAGCAGUGACAUGUAGAUUUUGUUUUUCUUUUUAAAUGUAAUGAAGGGCAGUGAUGCAUAUCCAUAAUCAUAGUGUAUUUGUAUAAAAUUUGUAAAAGUUAUUUUAUUUAAUUGUAUACUGUACAUGUAAAGUAUUAUAUUACUGCCUUUUGAAAUGACUUUUAAUAACACUGCAUAAAAUCACAUCUUAUCAAGUGACUACAGUCACAUUUAUCAGGUGUGUAAUAUAAGUAUUAUGAGAUUACAAUAAGCACAGUAUACUGUAUAAUUAUUUUAAUGAAGCAGUAUUUGAUUGCCUCUAGGACAGUACAGUUUAUAAAUCUAAAAUGUUUUUUUAAGAUAGUGAAUAUGUGUAUCACUACAUUCUUGUUCGAUUGUUCAUACAAGCACUUACAGUGACUCACAGAGCCUGCACAGUCGCACACUGUAUAUAAAAGUCUUUCAUAUGCCCUAGUCUAAUCACUUUCUAAAAACAGAGGUUUUUAUAUAUUGUUUAUCCUGUUUUAAUAAAAACAUAACUGUUAUAUAA